UUCUAUAUCACCUCGAAAGAUUAUUUUGUAAACCGUAAACUUUUCACAACAUCUAUGUUAUAUCCAUUCUCAUGUAUCCAAUGGCUAAAACGUUUGAAAGUUAUAUAAAUGAAGGUAGGUAUUCAUUCUUCUUGGGGCUUUCAGGGUAACUAAAGACUUUGCCAAAUGAAAUUGCUGCUAAAAAAACUUUUUUUCAUUUUACCGGUGGCCUUUGCAGCCCCAUUAUCCAGCGAUUUUAACGCUACAGUCAACGGAUCCAGUACAACAGUUAGUGCUAUUGCUACCUCAGUAAGUCACCCAACUAAGGUUGAUCAUCAACCGGCAUUUGCGAAAUUGGUAGAUGUUGAACCUGUUCCUACUACCACCUAUCUUCUUUACACAACCAAUCUUCCAAGUUAUACUUAUGUUUCUGAAGAAGAAGUUCUUUUCACAAGUAAAGUUGAUGCGCUGGUGAGUGAUUACGUUGCGCCAACUACUACCUUAACAAACCCAAUCGAUACCUCAACCAUUACCCAAGGGGUUAAGAAAAGAGCAAGUUCAAAUGCAAAUGGAUUCAGUGGUGAUUUAUUUCAAGCCAUUUCGACUAAUGCACUUUCAUCCAAAUUCAAAGAACAACAAUUACCUCUUUCAAUCCCCAGUGGAGUAUCAAAUACAGUUCCUUACCAAACAAAUAAAUUCUACGUCAAUUUAUUUCUCGGUGAUCAGACUAAAAUGAUAUGGUCUUAUCCAUUUGGAUUGCAGUGGUCAACUUCUAGCUAUUACGGGCUUGGGGUUCAACAUACUAUUACUUCUAAUCGAGUUUUCGGUCAAGGUAGUGGUGGAACUGCAAGUUAUUUCUAUAACCCAACUGGGGUUAAGGAAUUGGUUAUUUCGGCUACCCAAUUAACCUCAUCAAGUAAUAAGUUAACUGUUUCAAAUAUGAAGGUAAUGUCUGCCAAUGUUAAAUUAUCUACUGAUGGACAAGUUAGCUCUAAUUAUAUUGAAAUUCCAAUUGUUCAAGGUAUGGGACUUGUUACUUCCAUUUAUCAUGGAUCAAUGACACCGUUGAUCAAUACCGCCGUUGGUUUUACUAAACUUGUUAGUGAGGCUUCAUCUAAUUUGAAUUCAAAUGUUAUAAAAUAUAGAGCUACAUUAUCUAAUGGUACUCAAUACUUGAUCUAUGUUAUUUUACCAUCGGGAUAUUCCAAAAGCUCAUUUCAAUUAUCAGCAAGUGGAUCUAAUGCAUUAAAGGGAUCAACUUCUAUUAAUGGGCUUAUUAUUCAAAUGGCAGUGGCUCCACUGCUGACUUCGCAAGAUGUCUAUUAUGAUCAAUCGGUCGGUAAGUAUGCAACAGAAGCAAAAGUUAAAGCCCACGGAUAUGGUGGUACUACUGCAACGUAUACAUUUUCAUAUAACACAGUGGGAACAUCAAAAAGUGGACAACCAUUAGUAUUUACCUUACCGCAUCAAGUAGCAUCAUUUACAUCUGAUACUCAAAAGGCAAACACUGGGAUUACUUUAGCGUCAACAACAAAAGGGAAUAUGGUUGGAUUGCUAACAUCCGAAGUUAAUAUGAGUGAAACAUUACAUCCGGAAAUCCAAUUUUUACCUUGGUUACAAGAGUUGGGUACCGGGAGUAUUAGUUAUAAUGCUAGUCAGUUACAAUUACUUGCAUCGGUUGCAAAUUCUGAAUUAUCGGUUAAUAUCCCUAAUGCAGUAACCCUGCAAACAUCAAUGUAUUAUGCUGGUAAAACGCUUGAUAAAUAUGCUUAUAUUUUAUUAGUUGUUAAUGAUAUUUUAGGACAAACUUCUUUGGCACAAAGCACUUUGGCUUCAAUGAAACAAGCCAUUGGAACUUAUAUUAGUAAUACCCAGUCCUAUUAUCCAUUAAUGCACGAUACUAAAUUUGGAGGCGUAACAUCAACUGCGUCACAAUCUGGGGAUUAUUCUGCUGAUUUCGGUUCAGCAUUAUAUAAUGAUCAUCAUUUUCAUUAUGGAUAUUUUAUCCAUGCAGCAGCCGUGAUUGGGUAUCUUGAUAAUAAGAUUGGGGAUGGUACUUGGAUUAAAACCAAUCAAUUCUGGGUCAAUUCCUUAAUCAGAGAUGUGAGUAAUCCUUCUCCCGAUGAUCCUUACUUCCCGGUAUUUAGAAUGUUUGAUUGGUUUGCUGGGCAUAGUUGGGCUGGUGGGCUCACCGCCGGUGGAAACCCCGAUGGUAGAGAUGAAGAAAGCUCUUCAGAAGAUUAUAAUUAUUCUUAUGCAAUUAAACUAUGGGGUAGAGUCAGUGGGAAUCAGAGAAUGGAACAGAUAGGAGAUCUAAUGCUAGCAGUCAUGAAAAGAUCAAUGAAUAGUUAUUUCCUUUACACUCUGACCAAUACCAUUGAGCCAUCAAACUACAUUGCAAAUAAAGUUAGUGGUACAUUAUGGGAUAACAAAAUUGCCUACACCACGUAUUUUGGAAGUAACGUCGAGUACAUCCACGGAAUCCACAUGCUUCCCAUCACCCCGGCUUCCUCCCUUAUCAGAGGUCUGGCCUACGUUAAAGAAGAAUGGAAUAGCAUAUUGGCCAGUAUUGUUAAUAAUUUAACCACCGGCUGGCUAGGGAUAUUAAGGUUAAAUCAAGCGCUAUUUGAUCCCAAAAGCUCCUACCGUUUCUUCAGCUCCAGCUCUUUCUCCUCGCUGUACUUGGACAACGGCCAAAGCCGUACCUGGAGUCUAGCCUUCAGCGGAGGACUAGUCAAUGUUCUUUAGUUAAUAUAUGUUUUUUUGCAACCACCGUAUUGUAGUUUUUACCCUCGG